UUGAGUGCUCUAACCAUGGAAACGGUGGACGUGAAAAACCCACCCAGGAAGCGGGCCCUGCCUGAAGGCGAUCAGGAUGAGGCGGAGGACGUUAAAAGGCAGAAAGUCUCGGAGGAACCCCUGGCAGAAAGGGACCAUCCUGAGCAGGAAGCCGAAGCUGGCCUGGAACAGCCCCUCAGCCCUUCGGUAGAAGAGUCCAAGGGAGACGCCAUCUUGAACGAAGGAAGUCCAGGCCAAGAAGAUGAGAAUGAAUUGGUAGAAAGCGACGGGGAACGUGAGCCGGAGAAAUUUGCAGAUUUGAUGAAACACGGCCUGAUGGAGCAGGAUGUCGGCAUCCAAAAGUUUGCUAGUUCGCACCAGGGCUUUUUAGGGAUAUUAAAAGAGAGAUACUCUGAUUUUGUGGUUCAUGAAAUAGGAAAAGAUGGAGCUGUCAUUCAUUUAGAUGAUUUCACGGUGCCCGUAGAUAAGGAGGAUCCUCCGGAAGAGAUCUACACGGUGUUAUCAGCGGAAGAGAAACAGCGUCUGGAAGACCUUCAGCUUUUUAAAAACAAAGAAAGUAGCGUUUCCAUUGAGGUAAUUGAAGACACUAAAGAGAAAAGGACAAUUAUACACCAGGCUGUAAAAUCUUUAUUUCCAGGAUUAGAGACCAAAACAGAGACCCAGGAUGGGAAAAAGUGCAUUGUGGCUUACCACGCAGCUGGGAAAAAAUCCCUUGCAAAUCCUAGGAAGCAUUCCUGGCCCAAGUCCAGGGGAAAUUACUGCCAUUUUGUCUUAUACAAAGAAAACAAGGACACCAUGGACGCCAUCAACGUGCUCUCCAAAUAUUUAAGAGUUAAGCCAACCAUAUUUUCUUACAUGGGAACCAAAGACAAAAGAGCUAUUACAGUUCAAAAGAUAGCUGUUCUGAAAAUCACCGCACAGAGACUAGCUCAUUUAAAUAAAUGCUUAAUGAACUGCAAGCUUGGAAACUUCAGUUACAAGAAUCACCCCCUGAAAUUGGGAGAAUUGCAAGGAAAUCAUUUCACAGUGGGUCUUAGAAAUAUAACAGGGACUGAUGGUGAAGUUCAGCAAGCUAUGCAGUCCCUCAAGGAAAUUGGAUUUAUUAAUUAUUACGGCAUGCAGAGAUUUGGAACUACAGCUAUUCCUACAUUCCAAGUGGGAAGAGCUAUCCUGCAGAGCAACUGGAACGAAGCCAUCGAUUUGAUACUCAAGCCACGUCCAGGAGUUGAAAGGGGUUCCUUGGUAAAAUGUCGGGAAGAAUGGGCGAGGACGAAAGAUCCCGCCGCAGCCUUCAAAACACUGCUGAACAAAAGAUGUGUGGAAGGGCAGCUACUGUGGGGGCUUUCUAAAUACGGACCGAAAAAUAUAGUCUCUGCAUUUAACAUGAUAACAAGAAAUUAUCGUUUGAUGUACAUUCAUAGCUACCAGAGUUAUGUCUGGAACAACAUGGUGAGCGAAAGAAUAGAAGAAUAUGGGCUGAGAGCAGUUCCAGGGGAUCUGAUACUCAAAGGAGGCACAGCUGUCCAUAUUGAAGAAGGGGAUGUCGACAAUUACACCAUCCAUGACAUUGUGAUGCCGCUGCCUGGUUUUGAUGUGAUUUAUCCAAAGCAUAAAAUUGGGGAAAGCUACAAGGAAAUGCUAGUUAGUGACAACUUGGAUAUCAAUAACAUGAAGCACAAAAUUCGAGACUACUCAUUGUCUGGGGCUUACCGGAAGAUUAUUAUCCGACCUCAGAGUGUGAGCUGGGAACUGAUCGAAUACGAUGAUCCUAAAAUCCCGUUAUUUACUACGGACUUGGAUAAGCUGGAAGGAAAACUACCUCCUGCCCUCGCAAGAGCAGGCAAAUACAAGGCUCUGAAGAUGGAGUUCUCCCUCCCGCCAUCCGCUUAUGCCACAAUGGCGAUCCGAGAAGUGCUCAAAUUGGACACCAGCAUCAAAAGUCAAUCACAGUUAAACACAACCUGGCCUCGCUAAUGCUUUUCAGGGACUGGAUGAGGUUUCAACAUGCAGUCUGUUUCUCCUUGACUCAUUUUAUCUUACCCACAUAAUUUCUAAUCGAGAUGUAUUUUUGUAUUAGUUGGAAAGACGUUAUUUCGGCUGGGCGGUCCAAUUUUAAUUUUGUUUUUUAAACAGUUUGAAACAAAAUAUGGUGCUCCCUACAGCAGAAUUCAAACCACUGAUUGGCUUCGUUAGCUCGGAAACGUUGCAUUCUCUUAUGGAAGGACACAGGUCUUCUUGAACACGAUACAGAUUAAAACUGCAAAUAUGUUUAAUUCUGCAGUUCAGGAAUAUUAAACGUCAUAACGUUACCAUUGAAUACAUGCCUGUAUCCAAUGAACAGAUUUUGUUUAGCCUUAAGAAUGCUGAUAGAGCCUGCUUUUACUGUUGGCCAAAUGUUCACCUCUUUUCCAGCUGCUUUGAUUUGAUUUCUGGCAUUAUUAAAUAUCUGUUUUUUUUCAUAAGAUGCAAACUUGGAAAGACGCCAAUAGCCAAUAACAGAAGUAGUUAUGUCAACAAACAUUUUAUGGUUUGUCUGUUGCUGGCAACAGAUGAACUGGGAAAUACCUGCACCCUGACUUAACAGGAUUAAAUACCCGUUCUGAAUU